AUGAAGGCGUACAUUUACGACAACCUGCCGGGGGACCAGCGCCUUCCGCACGACUCGGGCCGGGCCGUGGGCGAGGAUGAGCUCCGCGGGCUCGGCGUCCUGUACUACCGCUUCCCCAGCCUCGAGGGCGUCGACAAGCUGGCCGCCGAGCGGGGCUACAAGAACCGCGAUGAGAUCACCGUGUCGCCCGAAAAGAUGGGCGACGUCUACGAGGACAAGGUCAAGAUGUUCUUCAACGAGCACCUGCACGAGGACGAGGAGAUCCGCUACAUCCGCGGCGGCCAGGGCUACUUUGACGUGCGGACGAGGGACGAAGACUGGGUGCGCGUCCAGCUCGAGAAGGACGACCUGCUGAUCCUUCCCGCGGGCAUCUACCACCGCUUUACGACGGACGAGUCCAACUACGUCCACGCGAUGCGCCUGUUCAAGGACGAGCCCAAGUGGACGCCCCUGAAUCGGUGCCCGCAACUGGACGACAAUGCGAUCCGCAAAGAGUACGUGGGCCAGUUCCUGUCCGGCUGA